AUGGCACCCAAGGAAUCACUCGUGUCCGCCACCCUCCUCUUCCUUCUCCUCCGAGUUGCCACCGCGAACCAGAACGUCAUCGACCGCUGCUGGCGCGGCCAGACCAACUGGGCCAACGACCGGCAGCGGCUCGCCAUGUGCUCCGUCGGCUUCGCCGGGAAGAUGAGCCACGAGGUGACCGCGUACACGGUCACCGACCCGAGCGACGACCCCGUGCGGCCCCGGCCCGGCACGCUGCGGUACGGCGCGACGCUGCUGCCGGGGAAGGUCUGGAUCACCUUCCAGCCGGGCAACAUGCACAUCAGGCUGGCGCAGCCGCUCUUCGUCAAGAGCUUCACCGCGAUCGACGGCCGGGGCGCCGACGUGCACGUCGCCGGGGGCGCCGGCAUCGUGCUCUACAAGGUGAGCAACGUGGUCAUCCACGGGCUCCACGUGCACGACGUGCGCGCGCAGGCCCCGGGACAGGUCGUCCGGCCCGGCGGCGCCGUGCAGAACGUGGACGCCGGCGACGGCGACGCCAUCCGGCUGCUGUCCAGCUCCAAGGUGUGGAUCGACCACAACACGCUGUCGCGCUGCGAGGACGGCCUCCUCGACGUGACGCGCGGCUCCACGGACGUGACCGUUUCCAACAACUGGUUCCACGACCACGACAAGGUCAUGCUGCUGGGCCACGACGACCAGCACGUCGCCGACCGCCGGAUGCGGGUCACCGUGGCGUUCAACCGCUUCGGGCCCAACGUGAACCAGCGCAUGCCGAGGAUACGGCACGGCUACGCCCACGUCGUCAACAACUUGUACGACGGGUGGAGGGCAUACGCCAUCGGAGGAAGCAUGGAGCCGACUGUCAAGAGCCAGGGCAACCUGUUCAUCGCCUCCACAACGGACAGCCCCAACGUGACGAGAAGGAUGCCGGUCGGAGAUGCAGCCGGAGAGGACUCGCAUUGGCACUCCACCGGAGACUCGUUUGAGAACGGCGCCGUCUUCAAGCAGACGGGCAACAGGGUGCGGCCGAAUUACAACGGGCAUCAGGCGUUCCCGGCGGCGAGCUCCAGCGAGGUGAGAUCGCUGACCAAGGACGCCGGUGCUCUGAGGUGCUCCGCCGGGGCCGCGUGCUGAACGGAGAGAAUAAAGACGUGCAAUGGAGUGUUUUUAUACUUUUUUUUUCUUUUUUG